GUUAUUUGCCAGAGCUGGAAGUGUCCUAUAAGCCUCAGUAUCCACCUUUCCCAUUUGGAUUGAGCUGUAGAGGACACCAAGGAGCAGCAAAACCCCACCGGGGAUAAAGGAGGUAAGUCUUCAGGAUGCAGAAGGUUUAGAUGCCUCCAAGAGUGGGAUGAGAAGUGGGGACUAAACCUGGGAGUGGGGGAGAUGGCAGUAAACGUGGCACAAGAAAGGAAGUCAGGAAUCCUGCAUUCUAGCACCAUAGCUUCUUGCUUUGUUUUGUUCCAGUUGUUUAACAUUUGGGAAGUUAACCCUGUAUCAUGCUGUAAGUCUUGGACAUAUGCGUGUGAGGGUCUGCGGAUUGGGACUUGCUCCCUCAAAAGAAAAAAAAGAGAAAGAGGUGAACAAAGUCAAGGUAUGAGGGGACUGCAACGUCUCUGUUAAGGAGCUCAAAGUCUGAGCUGCCCACUUUCAGCUUUAGUGGAAAGUCAGAUGUUGGAAGAUUCCAGCUCAAGGAAUUACACAACCGGCCUUGUCAUUCCCCUAGACCUGCUCAUCUUUACUGGAAUAAUAUUCCUUCUGUAUGAAGAUUGGUAAGGUGAAAUUGGUACCAUCAAAAACAUUGUCGCAAAGGCACAUGUAUGUUCUUUUUUUGGGUGAACAUUGUUGUCGACAUACAAACAUGCAUUUGGUGCACGUCCAUACAUAAAUAAUUUUAUUUGUAUGCCACAAUUUAAACCAUGCUCCAUGUGGCUUGAAACAUGAGAAAAAUGCAGAACAAAAGUAGACAGAAACAAUAAAUAAAAAUGUCAAAAAAUACACAUCCAAACUGAACAAUUUUCACAUAAAUCACAAGAUCUAAAAUAAUGAUUCAAAAAACAAACAAACAAACAAAAACCACCAGCAGCAACAGAAGCAAUAGCAACACCCCUCUCAAACAAUAGAUAUAUGACCUCUCUUAUUGGACUUCUGUGAAUGUUUGCUUGCUGAUAGAGUCGUACCUUGGUUUUAGAACAGCUUAGUUCCCGAACACUUUGGCUCCCGAACGUCUCAAAGUGACUGUUCCGGUUUGCAAACUAUUUUUGGAGGGGGAACGUCUGACAGGGCUUCCGUGGCUUUUGAUUGGCUGCAGGAGCUUCCUGCAGCCAAACAGAAGCAGCAAUUUAGUUUUCAAAAUUUUUGGAAGUUGAAUGGACUUCCGGAAUGGAUCCUGUUCGAUUUUCAAGGUACAACUGUACAUUUAAAAUGUUCCUAUGCUUUCAGGAUCAGUGCUGGUUUUUGUGGGCUCCAGGUAGAGGUGUGCAUUGAUCCCACUGUCAUGGCUCCUUUCCUCCCUCCCUCCCCAUCAAAUAAAAAUACUGUUGGAUCAAGCCAAUGGCCCAUCUAGUCUGGUGUCCUGUUCUCACACUGAGCAACCAGAAGCCUAUGGGAAUCUCACAAGUAGGACUAGAGCACAACUGUUAAGUUUUGGGUGAACAUAUCAGACGACACAGCGAUUCUUCAAACAGCGCUUGUUUAUUCACAGGCCAGAACAGAACUGAACUGAAGGGUUCAGACAACCUGCUUAUAUAGAGCUCAACUACAAAGCAACAGUAACAACUUUCUGUAACUAUCCAAUCCAACGUCACUUUCAAUUCCUUAUUUGCAUAUGUGGACCUGAGUGAAAACUAUCUACAGUAUCCCGCUGCUGGCCCAGGGUGAGAACUUCAGUAAAUAACAACAACAGUCCACCUGCAAUUCCCAGUACUCACAUGGAAGCUGUCCCUCUGAUGCCAAGUUUUUUUUAACACAUCUAUAAUCCACUGGUAUCCAGAAGGGGAUUGGGUGGAGAGAAGGGUUUUCGCUUGUCUUCUCCCACACAAUACAGUCAAUAUGCUGGGAUCUAUGCUUUUUAUUUAAAAAAAAGGGGGGGGCUUGUGUAUGUCGCUUCGGAUCAGAGCCAAGGUGUAACUGUGCCUGGGUCACCUUUCUUUCAGCUUCUGCAAUGCCUACUCUCCUCCAGGCAUCUUUGGGCCUUUUCCUCUUCCUCUCCCUCCUGAAUUCCAGCUCUGCCUCUGAAGAUGACACCGUGGUGGUGACCAGCAGUGGCCCUAUCAAAGGCAAGCGAGUCCCGGUUGGCUCUGCCUCCGUCACUUCCUACCUCGGUAUCCCUUAUGCUGAACCCCCCCUGGGGAAGCUGCGCUUCCAAAAGCCCCUUCCCCACCAGCCAUGGAGCCAUGUCUUGGAGGUCACCAACUUUGGAAAGGCUUGCUUCCAGACGACCGAUUUUCAAUGGCCUUUCAACAAAAUGUGGGUUGCCAACGCGCCACAUUCAGAGGACUGUCUCUUUCUCAAUGUCUGGAUGCCUCACCCGCGGCCCUCUGCACCGGUUCCUGUCCUUGUCUGGAUCCACGGCGGGGGAUUUCUGGUUGGUGCCAGUUCCUUAGACUUGUACAACGGGGCACAUCUGGCUGCUACUGAGAACAUCAUUGUGGUUUCCAUGAAUUAUCGGCUGGCGUUCUUCGGCUUUCUGUUCCUCCCGCCUGAGGUCCCAGGAAACAUGGGGCUGUGGGACCAACAGCUAGCUCUGAAGUGGGUGAAGGAGAACGCAGCUGUCUUUGGUGGGGACCCUCUUCAGCUGACCCUCUUUGGCCACAGCGCGGGAGCAGCCUCUGUGGGGUUUCACCUCCUCUCACCUGCAAGCCAACCCCUUUUUGCUCGCGCUGUGGUGCAGAGUGGAGCUCCCAAUGCACCCUGGGCUUGGAAGGAUCCUGAGCAUUGCAAGUUGCGCUCCUUGAAAGCGAGUCAGCGGCUGGGCUGCGACGAUCGGAAUCACAGUGUGGCGCUGCGGUGCCUACAGGAGAAGGAAAUGGAUAGGGGAAUGUUCCAACUUUUGAUGCAUCGAUUCUACCCCACCACAGAUGGGGACUUCCUUCUGGAUGAGCCAAGGAAACUUCUGCAGAGUGGGCUCCUUCAGGCAAAACCACUGCUCAUAGGCAUCACCGGCGAGGAUGGGUCUGUCUUUGCACUAAGCGGUCUUUCGGAUCGCAUAGAUGACAGAACGUCAACUUGGGAGCAGCUCUUGGAAGAAACAAUGACAUUGUUCGAAAUGUCUUUGGAAGAAGAUGUUGCCAAGACUGUAGCGCUGAAGUAUGCUGAAGAUGGCCAUGGGCCAGAAAAGUACCACGGGGCCAUGGUCCAACUGUGCAGAGAUUAUUACUUUUUGUGCCCAUUGGCUGAAGCUGCUGAAAAGAUGGCAGCAGGUGGGAGCCCUGUGUACACCUACUCCUUCAACCACCACAUCUCUGGCUCCAUUUGGCAGGAGUGGAUGGGAGCAGCCCAUGGAGUUGAGGUGCCUUACCUGUUUGGAACUCUGUCGUCGCUACAGAGGGUAAAUCAAACAAACACGGAAGCUGACGCCCCUUUGACCCUCAAGAUGAUGCGCUAUUGGGCGGAGUUUGCUAGAAGCGGGUAAGGCAUUCACAGCUCUUGUUCUAGAGCCUCAAACACAACUCAUUCCAUCAACUUGACCCUGGAUGUUCUAGACAUAGUCUGAUAGUCCUUGCUCUGGGCACUCUACAUCCCAAGGUUCUGCCUGAACCUCCCAAGGUCUUUCAUUCCUUUCCUUGGUAUCUUUGACAAGGGCGCUGCCACAUCAAGUUUCAGUAUAGAGGGGCAGGUUUUAGAGAAAAGCUCAAAUGCCUAACUCAGGGAUGGAGAACUUGUGGCCCUUCAGAUGUUGCUAGACUACAACUCUUAUCAUCCUUGACCAUUGGCCAUGCUGGCUGGGGCUGAUGGGAGCUGGAGUUCCCGUCAACAAAUAGCUGGACAGCUGGACAGUUCCCAGUCCCUGUCUUAAACAAAAGACAUGUAUCUUCCUUUGGUGUUUCCCCCCCUUCUUCUCACUGGCAAAGACUCUCUUCCCUGCAAGAGAGGGGAGUGGUUGUGGCCGGGAGCCGGACUAUGCCUCAAGCAGGGGGCGUUUGCCCCCUGCCUCCCACCCACCUGGCUGGCGCCCACGCCCUCGGCCAGGCACCCAACCAGGUGCCUUCAAGGGGGCGUGUACAGCAGCCUAAAUUGCUGCGGCGCCAGCCUCCAGCCCUCACUUUUUGUCAUUCCACUGCGCGGGGUUCGGGUCCUCGAACCACAAACUGCCUGUUAAUUGGAAAAAGCCCCUAGCUCAAUUCCAGGGACAUAGGGGUCCAGUUAUGUAUAAGGAGCUUCCCAAACCAUCUCUUUCACCCUCUUGGGGUCUUGAGACCUUCUGAAGAAACAAAUGCUAUUAAAAAUAAUAAUAGACAGGGAUUUCCCCCCCUGCUCAGUCUGAACUGGCAACCCAGUCAGAUGGGUGAGGUACAAAAAUUAUUAUUAUUAUUAAUAAUAAUAGCUGGCCUUGAUAUGUUUUAAUGUGACUGAUAUGCACUUUUGAUUUGUUUAUCUGUUUUUUAAAAAACCCUACUGAUACUUUAAAAAACAGCAACAUGCUAUAUCAUAUUUUUAUUACCACUGGCAAUUUCAGGGCUAUGGUGGGAUGUGAGUUGAAAUAACCAACUAACCUUUGCAAAAGAUGGUUGAAGAUGGAAUGUCAGCUAUUUUGGCUGACACGUUUGGCACUGAUGAAAUAUGACCAUGAUUUCUAGGCCAUAAGUUGAUUACCAUAGCAGGGUUCUCAUUUGAUUUGAUUUUAUUUUUUGGUUGAUGGAAGGAGAAAAGAAAGCCUCGGAUUAGUUUUUUGGAUUUAGAUUUCCCGGAACUGUUGCCAGAGAUUAAUACACAAGAACAUGUACCUUCUACCCAUGACUGAAUGUUAGGAGCUCUCUCCUGCCAUAUAUAACAAAAAGCACAUAAUCAAAGUGUUGGGGAAUACUUACCUUGGCAAAAACGAAUAGUGUUCCUUUUCCAGGUACAUUAGGGCAAUCAGAGGGAUUUCUGUGGAGCAGGGCUAAUGUUAGCGUGAACCACCAGCUGCAGUGUAUUUCAUAUUGCACCGCUUUGUAUUCCAUAUAGAUUUUUACUAUCUGUAAUCCAAUUGAUUUGCUUAUGUAUUGUUUUAAUUCUAUUAGAAUUUAAUUACUUUUUAAAAACUAUAUUUUAUAUGAUAUUGUAUUUUAUCUCUGUGUGCUUGUUUUUAUUUGUGUAAGCCACAUUGGGUUCUGAUCUGGGGAAAAGGUGGGAUAGAAAUAAAAAUAAUAUAGUGGCCGAGACAGAAUUCCAAAGCACAGUGGAUGGGGAACAAAAUGGAUUGGGCAGAAGAGGACCUACUGGGAAGCUAGACUCACAGGAUCGUAUUUGAUAUAGCUGGCCUCCUAUCUCUAAUGCCAUCUAAUAAAAAGGAAUGGGCCAAAUCUCAUAGGGUUGACUGCCAGCACAAUUCCAAGCAAUGAAAGCGGGGCCCUGAGGAAAUGAGUCAAAUGAUAGGGUUUCACUUAUUUUGUAGUAUGCUAUUAUCGCAGUGUAGACGUGCCAUUUUUGUUUUUAUAAUGCUAUGAGUGAUUUUCUCUCUCUUUGUUUUGUGCUAUUGGUGGCCUUUGGCUUAAAAAGAAGAUUUUGAUCCCUGCGCCACAUUUUAUUUCUCACUGCCACCACCCAGGCCCUACCUGGGCCAAUACUGAGUCCAGUCAGGUUAGAAUUGGAACAUAAACUUCUGUUUAUUUAUUGCAGUUUAACAAGUGUGUGGUUUCAUAAAUGGUAUCGGUCAAUUACAAUCAUAGGGUGCCUAUCCAGACCUAUAACUUCCUCUACCUGCCCUCCCUCACUAAACCACCUCUCAGAUAUUUACUUGUCUUUCCAUCUCCUAACUGUUCCUGACUCAGCUUAUUUCUCUACACUAACUCAACCUACCCACAGACUCUAUCCCAAUUCACUCCCACUCCAACCAACCACCCAACUCCCAACGAACUCCCCUUUCGCACCUCCCAGAGCUGCUUUUAUAGUCCCUCUGACUGCACCCCCUGGGUUCUGAUUGGGUAACUUGUUUAACUAUUUCACCUCCAGCACUCUCAUAUGUUAACGUCACAAUGGCCUUUGGCUUAAAAAGAAGAUUUGGAUCUGGACUGUGGUUUUUUUUUUUUGUUUCCUCCACAGGAACCCCACUGGGUCUGUGCCCAAUGAGGUGCAAUGGCCGCUCUACAAUGCCACAGAGGACAACUUCUUCCACAUCAGCGCAGGGCCACCUGAGAUCAGGAAGCCGUCUCCUGCCCACCACUGCGAUUUCCUGGCAGCUCAUAUAUUCAACUCAACACUCUCAAGUAAGUCCAGGUCCUUUGGCUGAAGAAGUUUGGGCUCAGUUCAUCAACAGUUAGUACUGACUUAGGUCUUGUCACAUUUAUAGUGUUGCUGCAGUGGGGUCCUAUGCCAGUUCCUCUUUGUAGCAUUUUUUGGCAAUAUUUCCAGUGGACAACAAGGCACACAAGAUCUGCCCGCUCUGUCUAUGUCAGAAUCAGCUUUCCUGCUAAGGUAGUGUUACUCUCACCUCUAGAGAUGGGGGAGAAAGUUCACAUUGAAUGGUGAGCCUUCCUAAUUCUCAUUUUUUUGAAACCAUGUGAGGACCAAAACACAGCCACGCUUCAAAAUUUGCACUUCUUUGAAUUUUGUAAUGCAGUUAUCCAGCUGUUCCCGUUAGUGGGAAGUGUGCAUCUAUUAGUGCAAAUAACUUACAAAAUUGCAUUGUUUUGGGGGCAAAUUGUAUUGUAGAAUUGCGUACAAUAGGAGAAAUCUGCAAUACAAUGUUGAUGAAUUUCCAUGAGGAAUUUGUUUUUGGUGUUUUAUUGUGUGUAGGGGGGCAAUGCAAACUGGUGUGGGAAUGUGGAGAAAUGAAGUGAGAAUUGGAAAAAAGGAGAAACUGAAAUUGACAUAUUCAUUCAUCCCUAGUCCAUCUCUUCGGCCUUUUCUUUCAUCUAGCUCUCUUUUUAUGGCUCCUUUGGUGAAAGGCUUGCCAGUUCUUCUCUCUUCCCUAGAGUUAUUGCCUUCUUUUGUAUCAAUGGCAGCCCUUCUCCCUAGUGGCUUAUGUCUGCUUCCUGCACUUCCUUUCACUGCCACCUCUCGCUAUCUAUUCCUCCACUCCCUCCUGCUUCUCCCUGGCUCCUUCCUGCUGACCUCUUGCUCUACCCCACCGGGAUGCAACCAUCUUGGUAAAGGUAAAGGGACCCCUCAACAUUAGGUCCAGUUGUGGACGACUCUGGGGUUGCGGCGCUCAUUUUGCUUUACUGGCUGAGGGAGCCGGCAUACAACUUCUGGAUCAUGUGGCCAGCAUGACUAAGCCACUUCAGGUGAACCAGAGCAGCGCACGGAAACGCCGCUUACCUUCCCGUCUUAGGUAUAAAAAGGUAAAGGUACCCCUGACCAUUAGGUCCAGUCGCGGACAACUCUGGGGUUGCGGCACUCAACCCACUUUAUAAGCCGAGGGAGCCAGCAUUUGUCCGCAGACAGCUUCCGGGUCAUGUGGCCAGCACAACUAAGCUGCUUCUGGUGAAACCAGAGCAGUGCACGGAAACACCAUUUUCCUUCCUGCCGGAGCAGUACCUAUUUAUCUACUUGCACUUUGACGUGCUUUUGAGCUGCUAGGUGGGCAGGAGCUGGGACUGAACAAUGGGAGCUCACCCCGUCGCGGGGAUUCGAACCACCAACCUUCUGAUCGGCAAGCCCUAGGCUCUGUAGUUUAGACCACAGCGCCACCCGCGUCCCUGUCAUCUUAGGUAUACCCCUUUUAAAAUUAUCAAAACUUGGGUAAGGAGGGAGCAGCAGAAGGAAAGGAAUGUACCUCCCCAACUUUUGGUUGAAAGUGAUUGGCUGUCCAUUGUAGAUUCAUUUCAGUUAAAAAUGGAAGUUGAGUUGUACCCAGUCUCUUGCAUGAAGGGUUGUUUGGCUCUCUGUGGACCAUCAUUUUUCCAAUUGCUUUUUUCAUUUUGCAGAAAAAGUCCAAGAAGACUCUUCUGAAUACAUUUUGGAAAAAGAUAUGAAGAAUGAGACCAGAACUUAACACAAAAAAGGCAGAAUGCAAAAAUAGCUUACAUCAAGUGCGAAUGGAACUGAGAGGGUGAAGACAUGCCCAGAAACACUUCAACAAAGCCCUCACUUUGUAGGAUUGGUGCCCAUUUGCAAAUACAAUGGUUUGCUCUUCAUUGUGAGACGAUGUUGAAUGAGAAAUGGAACUUAAUGCCGGGUUAGAACAAGAUAAGCCAUUGGGACCAUCAUUUUCGAAUGCCACCCCAUUUUCCUCCACAACAUCCACAUUUUAAUUAUGAGGGAAAAAAUGACAUAUCCAGCAGCUAUGAAUGAUAGCGGCUUCUUUUCAAUCACUUUUGCUUUAUUCUGCAAGCAACAGGUUAUUUGGCAGCCUGAAUUCACUUCCUGAAUUUUGCAAAGCCUCAUAUAUUGAGGAGCUGUGCCUUGGAGCUAAAGGACAAUUAAUUUCUCAUUGUUACUAUGUUACUGUGUGACAGCAGGGAAGGAAGCUAACUCCAACCCGGUGGUGUCCCUCCCUCCUUGCAUACCUUGAGCACUGUGAUCUGGGUGGAAUUUGAAUCUGUGGGUAUCUGCAGAACGUACAUAGAGCUGAAAGAGGAAGUUGGAAGAAUGACACUCUUUCUCACUUCCUCUUUCAUCUCUAUGUGCUUUUCAAGGCUCAGAUUAAUUAUGCUGGAUCCACUUAGAUCCAUGGGGUCUACAUGACUUAUAAGAUUGGUAGUUCCACAAGGAGUUUCUCUAUGCCCCAGAAUUAUUGCCAUUCACGGUGUCCCCAUGGCCAGAACAGGGACAGGGAAACAUACAUCUCUGUGAAAUCAGGAUGAGAGGCAAGCUGAUGUAGACAUCACGGGGGAAUGGAUGAUGCCGAACGAAGUCUAAAACCAUUUUGUCAGUGUUAGCAUUGUUUUCCUGAAGAUUUCUGGUCCCGAUUAAUUAAUGUAUUGGUUAUUCAAGCACAAGUUCUCCCCAUGUUGCGUUCUCACCUUGUGGUUGGUGGAUCUUCUCUCCUGUUCUUUCCCUACCUUUUGAUCUGUUCUCCUUCCACUCAUCAGUUCCAUUGGUCCUGGGAAUGCUUAUCAAAUGUUCCUGAGGCAACUACUGAAAUCUCCCAGAAGUCAGUUAUUCUCACCCACCACUAGAACAGAACACUCAGUUGCUCCGAUGCCUAUGAAGGGUGCUCAGUUUGCCAGAACAAUUUGAGUUUAUUUCAAAGUCAGGGCAUGUGUGGUACACAUGCAGCUUCCAAAUGAUUGAACUGCAGAGAGCUGGGGGUGGCUCAGAAGUAUAGUUUCUCAAAUGCCAUUCCAAGGCUCCUCUCCUACAUCAAGAACAAACCUCUCCGAGGUGCGUCAAAUGAAACUGAGGUCACACAAAAGAUUAUGGAUAGCUCUGGUUAAACCUUUGUGUACUUCUAGCUGCAUUCGGCACAUGUGAUGUGUAAAUAAAAAUUCUCUUCGAGGCACU